AUGUCCGACACCCUGCAGCAGCUGUGGAGGUCGUGGGAGGGCCAAGAGCCGGCCUUCUACGAGCUGGCCUACGGCGCCUGGUCCGGCUGGCUCGUUCUCUACUUCGGGUGGUCGCUCCUCCUCCGUAUGGUGGCGCCCUCCCUUCAAGUGUCCGAGACCUGGCGGCUGGGCCUCGUCCACCUCCUCGGCGCCAGCUUCUACGUCGUGAACCACUACUUCGCCAAGGCGCCGUUCUAUCGCUGCCUCCUCUACGCCUACGCAUCCGUCUUCUUCGUCCUCUUCUACGUCAUUCUCGUUCUUCCCCUUUCGACACCACGAGUGGGGACACGUGUAGAAGAUGAAGAAGAAGUAGAAGAAGAAGGCGAUGAGGAGCAGAGCAGCAAGCGAAGCCUCAACCUGGCUCAGCAGCUGGUGGUGCUGGUGGUUGGUGGCGGCGGGUACACGGUGAGCUUCAUCGUGUGCGAGAACGUGGCCCGCCUACUUGGAACGGGCGCCUUCCUCGGGCACCAGAUCACCGCGGCACCGAUCCUGCCCGAGGCCCUCAUCCAAGUCGUCUCCGUCUUCAUGUCCGCCAUCAUCAUCGUCGUCUUCAACAACAGCAACAACACACCCGACGACAUCAAGAAAAAGAAGAAGAAGAUGAAGAAGAAGGGGUUUGUGCCUCUACAACAAGUGUAG